AACUAAAACUCUGCUCAAUCGGGCCCGGGCGGCGAACGCGUUCGGUUCGGUUCCGUCGUCACAUACCUUCGGGCGUAACGCUAGUACGAAUUUUGCUAUCUCUCUGUGUGUGUGUGUGUUUGUGUGCCUUUUUCAUUUGUUGAUUUUUGUCUCUCUUUUCGCGACUAAUUUUUCGUUAAUGUUUGAUGUUUAUCAAUUUGUAAACAAGAAGAAGAAGCAGGAAUUUUGCACCCAAUUUUGACAGCCCAGUGACAGAAGCUUUAUCGAUUAACCGCCUACUCUGCGAGGGAAGCUGUGUGUGUGUGCGCGGCAUUAACUCCAGCUGCAAAGCUGCGAUCUGUCAGUGCGUUUAAGGGGAACCGGGACUAGUUGCCGCAGUGUAGCAAAGUGAGCUUCCCCUUAAGCAGGAAUAUCAAAGUGACAGAGGUCAGGGAUUGGAGGUUUGUGUGCAAAUUUGUGCCAACCAGCCCCGUGAAUGGGCAAAUAUUUGCGAAAUAGUUCGCGCUUAGUAGCUGUGACUAGAGGGGGGGCAGUUUAAGCAGCUAGUUGAAAGUGUGUAAAUUGUUUAAUGUGCGGCGAUGAGCAGACGCAGAAAAAAGAGACGGAAAAAAGUUUAGUUUUGUGAUGUAGUGCAAGGAUGAUGAUGGGUGAAAUAUGAUAGCCACGAUUAAGUAGAGUGAGGAAGCAACAAUUAGAAAAGUAACGCAAAAGUAAGAGAAGCAAAGUGAAACAAGUUAAAAAGAAGAGAAAGAGUAAAAAACACACAAAAAAACAGCUGAAUAAACCAAAGCAAGCCAUGCGGAGUGUGUAUCGGCAAGUGAGCCAACGCGACGACGAUGCCACGCCGGAAUCGCGCGUGUUCGAUCUGAGCGACUUCCAGGACGUGGUUCCCACCCCGGCGGAACCGGACCCCGAUCCGAAUCGACCCGCUCGGCUGUCCACGGCCCGUCCCCUGCUGACCUCGACCGGCAGUUGCGAGUACUUUGACCUGGGCGGCGACAUGGACGAACGGGACAGCAUCUACCUGGACGCGGUCUCGAUCGGUUCGGACGGGGCCAACGGCGGCCGGAAGUCGCUGUAUCUGUCCCGCCAGACGGUGUACCACUCGGCGGAGGAACUUCCCACCGAUGGGACGCUGGGGCGGACGCGUGCCAUCACGGAAUCGAUGCUGAACGAUUCGAGGGCGAACGGGGGAUUGGCGAAUCUGCCGUACGAGGGACGGCCCACGAAUGGCGGUGGGAUCCUGAAGCGACCCGGGCUGACCACCCAGUACCGGCCAGAGACAUGGAACCGCUUCCAGGACGGCAAGCGCGUCGUCGACUUUGUGCUCGCCUUCAACGGGCACCUCCAGAACGACGAGGAAGCCGACCGAAAGCGAAAAAUCUUCCAGGAAAAUCUGAUCCGCGAGGGUCUGGAAAUCGAACCGGAAACGACCCAGCGGAUCCACUUUAUCAAAAUCCACGUCCCACCCGAGGUGGUCUCGCGGUACUGCGAGCACAUGAAGAUCAUGAUGCCGAUCGUGAAGCUGAAGGACCAGGAGAACAUCAUCACGGAGGAGUUUUCGAUUGGUGGGUCGCUGGUGCGGUUCUUCCGGCGGCCAAUGUUCCGCUUUGUGAUUAUCGAUCGGGACAAGUUCCGGAAGCGGGAGUACCGGCUGUUGCACGAGUAUUCGAGGGAGAAGUGCUAUUUGUUUGAUGCGGACGCGCCGGACUUUUUUACGCCGAGCAUUCGGAUUGCGGUGGCGCAUUUUAUUCUGGAGAGGGCGAGGUUUGGGUUGGAGGAUGAGAAGUACGAUAUCGGGCUGAGGAAGUUGUUGAAUGAUCAGGUCUACCUCGACGCCUAUCCCCUGCACGACGGCAGCCCCGACCUCCCCGAGCUCGAGUGCCAACGCACCCUGCUCCUCGAAGAGUGGGCCUCCGUCAUCCGGUGGAUCAAACACCAGCCGCUGGACCACAUCAAGGAGUAUUUCGGCGUCAAAAUCGCCAUGUACUUUGCCUGGCUCGGCUUUUACACCCACAUGCUGAUUUCCGCCUCGAUCGUGGGCCUGCUCUGCUUCUUCUACGGACUGCUGACCUUCCGGGAGAACCGCAUUAGCCAGGAGAUUUGCCAGGACAACACGACGGUGAUGUGUCCGACGUGCGACGCCAAGUGCGACUACUGGAUGCUGAACGACGCCUGCACGUACUCGCACAUUUCGCACAUUUUCGACAACAACUUCACGAUCGUGUUUGCGGUUUUUAUGUCGAUUUGGGCCACCAUGUACCUGGAGCUGUGGAAGCGCUACUCGUCCGACAUUCAGCACCGGUGGGGCGUCACGGACUAUUGUUUGCUGGCGGAGCCGCCCCGGCCGCAGUAUCUGGCCCGGCUCAAGGACACCAAGAAGACGUUUUUCAACAUUGUGACCGGGGCGCAGGAACCGUCGCCGCCGUUUUGGACCAAAAAACUGCCCAGCAUGCUGUACAGCUACUCCAUCAUUUCGCUGUUUAUCGUCCUCGCCCUGUCCGCCGUGUUCGGCAUCGUCAUCUACCGCAUGUCCCUGAUGACGACGCGCAACAUCUACGGCAAUCCGGACGACGCCACCACCAAGCUGCUCCUCUUCUCCGGCACCACCGCCGUCAUCAAUCUGAUGGUUUCGACGGUGCUGAACUACGCGUACGAUUACGUCGCCGUUUACAUGACCGACAUCGAGUACCGGCGGACCCAGUCCGAGUACAACGAGAGCUUGAACCUGAAGAUCUACCUGUUUCAGUUCAUCAACUACUACAGCUCGAUCUUUUAUAUUGCAUUUAUUAAGGGGAAAUUUCCUGGGUAUCCGGCGAAAUAUAACCGGAUUUUGUCGUUCCGGCAGGAGGAGUGCAGCCAGGGCGGAUGUUUGGUCGAGUUGUGCAUCCAGCUGGCCAUCAUCAUGGUGGGCAAGCAGGUCAUUGCGUUGAUUUUGGAGAUUAUGUUGCCGUUUUGCUGGCAAAAGUUGAAGGAAUUUCGCAGCGUGCUUGGGCUGGCGACGGAGGACGCGGACAACAAGGGACCCGGCGGGGAGCAGCUGAUUUGCUGCAACCAGUGGACCAAGGACUUUAAUCUGCUGAGCUGGCACGAUCGGAGUUUGUUCGAGGAGUAUCUUAAGAUGAUCAUCCAGUACGGCUUCAUCACGAUCUUUGUGGUGGCGUUUCCGCUGGGGCCGUUGUUUGCGCUGCUGAACAAUGUGUUUGAGACGCGGCUGGACGCGAAAAAGUUCCUGCUGUACUAUAAGCGGUCGGUGCCGCGGCGGGUGCGCGACAUCGGCAUCUGGUACAACGUGAUGCACGUGCUCGGCAAGAUUGCGGUCAUCUCGAGUGCCUUCAUCAUCGCCUUCUCGUCGGACUUUAUCCCGCGGCUGUACUACAAGUACCUGCUCAACGAGGACCGCACCGAGGCCGGCUUCGUGCAGCACACGCUGGCCAUCUUCAACGUGAGCGACUUUGAGGAGGGCGCCGCACCGCGCUUCUCCAAGUUUACGAACGUCACCCAGUGCCGCUACCAGGAGUACCGUAAUCCUCCGGACCAUCCGGACCGCCCCUACAAACGUCCCCUCUUCUACUGGCACAUGUUGGCGCUUCGGUUGGCCUUUGUGGUGAUUUACCAGAACGUGGUCAGCUUCGUGCAGAUUGUGGUGGCGUGGGCCAUUCCGGACGUGCCGGGCCGGCUGCAGGACCAGAUCAAGCGCGAGCAGUACUUGAUGAACGAGUACAUCAUCAAGCAGGAGAAGCGGCUGACGGAUCGGCGGAAGGGGGGUGGAGGCGGGGUGGGGCGAAACGGGACGCUGACGCGGCAGCAGAGCAGCUUGGACGAUUACGGGACGGCGAGCUUGCUGGAGGAGGAGGAGGAGGCGACGAUUCGGGUGGAGGAGGAAAAGUUUGGGGCGCCGCCGAGGAGGAGGAAUGCCGGGGGAGGACAGACGACGGCGGACAUUAACGAGCGCUUUAAGGAGUGCGAAAUUGUCACGUCGAGGGUUUGAAGAGGAGCUCGAAAAAAAGAACGAAACCAAAACCGUACUGAUAUGCCUUCUUUCUACAUUUUUAUGUUUUUUUCACUCUGUUGUUAAGAGGUGUUAGAGUUACUUUCUACUUUCAGUGUUAGGUUUAAAAGAUGUUCACUCUCACUCGAAAAAGAAUCAACGCAACAACCGAAAAAAAAAUCAUAUUUAUUAACGUUUAACGUGGAGGUUAAGAACAAGAAAAAAUGCCAACAAACGACUCUUUUUUAAGCAUGAAGAACAACUAGACAAAAAACAUCAACCAUUGUUACACACUUUACACAAAAAAAAAGAACAAGCAGACACAAAAGAGAAGCAGAAAUUUCAUUCACACCGAAAACAAAUACACCUAUUUAUUGCUAAUAUAUGAUAGAUCAAAGAAUGGAACAAACUAAAUCGAGACAAAACAAACAAAAAAAAUUGAACAAAUAAAUUUAAAAAAUAAAAC